AGAGAGCGCUGCGAGGAAUGUGCUGCUAAUGAGAAAACGGAGCGUCGCUGAACGAGCGGCACAGACAGAAGGGGAAGAAGAAGAAGGAGGAAAAAAAGGAACAGAAUGCUGUAAAGCAGGGAAGAAGAGAGAGGGAGAGGUGGAGAGAAAAGAGGCACACGCAUGGAAAGGAUUAUAGUGAAGCGUGCGGGGGUUUUCGACGCUACCCAUGCGGAGAUUUGAGCUAACGGCUGAACCAUGCAGGGCUCGCUGCUUCUCCUGAGUUUGGCGCUGAGUUUUCCCGCAGUGUGGAUGGCCCGGUUCUCUCAGGAGCCAGCAGACCAGUCAGUGGUUCUGGGCCAGAGAGUGGUCCUGUCCUGUGUGGUCUUCAACUACUCGGGCAUUGUGCAGUGGACCAAGGAUGGACUGGCCUUAGGCAUUGGGGAAGACCUCCGGGCCUGGCCGCGAUACCGUGUGUUACGGCUGGUCGACGUUGGGCAGUACAACUUGGAGAUCUCCUCUGCUGAACUGUCAGAUGACUCUCUGUAUGAGUGUCAGGCUACAGAGGCUGCUCUUCGCUCACGCAGAGCCAAACUCACUGUCCUUAUUCCUCCUGAUGAGCCGGUGAUUGAGGGCUCCCCGGAGCUCCUCCUCACGGCAGGGGUUCCCCACAACCUCAGCUGCGUGUCCCGCGGAGCCAAGCCCCCUGCUGCUAUAGAAUGGCAAAAAGACGGGCUGCCCAUAGAGGGAGCAUUCAGCACAACGGAAGUGCUCCCGGACAGGAAGCGUGUGACCACGAGGAGCUUCCUGCCCGUACUCCCAGUGGACACAGACACAGGGAAAAACUUCACUUGCGUGGCCACCAACCCAGCUGUGCCCAUGGGCAAACGCACCACCAUCACACUCAACGUUCACCACCCUCCUGUGGUGGUGUUAUCCAUUGAACCACGCUCUGUGCUGGAAGGAGAGAGAGUGACCUUCACCUGCCAAGCCACUGCCAACCCACCGAUUAUGGGCUAUAAAUGGGCUAAGGGCGGUGUGGUCAUCCAGGGUGCGAGAGAGAGUGUGUUUAUCACUAAGGCUGACCACUCUUUCUUCACGGAGCCAGUCUCCUGCCAAGUGUUCAAUGCCGUGGGGAGCACUAACGUCAGCAUACUCGUGGAUGUUCACUUUGGUCCUAUCCUGGUGGUUGAGCCGAAGCCAGUGACCGUGGACAUUGACUCCGACGUCACUUUGAACUGCAAGUGGGCCGGGAAUCCCCCUCUCACCCUCACUUGGACUAAAAAGGGCUCCAGCAUGGUCCUGAGUAAUAAUAACCAGCUGUAUUUGAAGUCGGUGAGCCAGGCCGAUGCUGGCCAAUACGUGUGUAAAGCCAUAGUGCCCAGGAUCGGUGUGGGAGAAACAGAGGUCACUCUCACUGUCAACGGUCCCCCCAUCAUCUCCAGUGAGCCAGUGCAGUAUGCAGUCAGAGGAGAGAGAGGGGAGGUGAAAUGUUACAUCGCCAGCACUCCUCCACCAGACAAGAUCGUAUGGGCGUGGAAGGAGAACGUGUGGGAGAAGGAGAAAGGAACUCUACCAGAGCGCUACACAGUGGAGCAGAGUAAGCCUUCAUCUGAUGGAGGAGCGGUGCUGUCCACACUGACCAUCAACAAUGUCAUGGAGUCUGACUUUCAGUCCACUUACAACUGUACGGCAUGGAAUGCUUUUGGCCCAGGAACCAUGAUCAUCACUCUGGAGGAGACUGAAAUAGUCCCAGUUGGUAUCAUUGCUGGUGGCACUGUAGGCUGUUCCAUUCUGCUAUUGCUCUGCCUGUUGGCAUUAGUGCUUUUCCUGUAUCGUCAACGGAAAGGAAGUCGUCGUGGGGUCACACUCGGUAAGCCAGACAUCAAGGUGGAGACAAUAAAUAAAGAGACCCACAGCCUAGAGGAAGACACUGGCAGCGUCUCCACGGCAACCCGCAUGGUCAAGGCCAUGUACUCUCCCUUUAAAGAUGACGAUCUCAAGCAGGAGCUGCGCAGUGACACUCUGGACACACGCCAGGACUAUGAGCUCAAGGACCCAACAAACGGCUAUUACAAUGUGCGAGCCUCCACCCACGAUGAAGGCCGCCCUGCCUCGCGUUCCAUGCACUAUUCUGAGUAUCGUUCCUCCAACCAGCCAGGCGGCGCUGCAGCGGUCAGUGCUAGCUCGGGCGCUCCCGGAGCCACGGCAGGUCCCGGAACUCCCAGCAGUUUGGCGCCCGGGUCACGAGCCGGCUGCUACGACCCUCGACCUCCGUCCAGACUCUCGCACAACAGCUACGCCCAGUUCAACACCUUCAGCCGGCCUGGCCAGUCACAGCAGCCUCCGCCCAGCUCCGGCCCGCAGACGGGCGAUUUCCCGCCUGACUGCAGCCUGCUGGACUCCACCCCUCAGCUGGCAUACGACAACUACAGCUACCACUCACACUACUCUACAUAUCGCAUGGGCUUUGCUCCCCCCAGCCUGGCUCCUUUAGAAGGUGGUCCGGCGUACGAAAUGUACAGUGUGGGGCCGAGUGUAGGAGCCGGAGGCACUACUGGAACGCCAGAGACUGGACUGGGAAAGUACGGCAGUUCCACUCGUUUUUCCUACACCUCCCAGCAUUCCGAUUACUCCCACCGACACACACAGAGGAUGCAGACACACGUGUGAGCAACAAGCGCCAGUGUACUCAUCACUUCUGUCUACAUACAUUUAGCAACAUGCACAUACACUUAAAUAGGAGGAGGUUCUGAUAGAAGGGAAGAAAGAUGGACAAAAAGAACCAGUUCAGAAAGAACAGAGGCCAAGAGAUGAGAGAGUAGGUGGAGAUGACAAGAGGGGGAAUUCUCUUUCUGUCUUUUCUUUGCUUGUUUCUCAGCUCAAGAAGCUGACAGCGAAAGUCACAAUCAGGAUGAAAACAGCGUAGCACCAGUGAAAGAUCUAAAAAUCUUCAUGAUGCUGAGAAUAGCUCAGUCUGUGAAUUAGCAGGGCCGCAGAAUGGAUCUUGAGCAAUGAAGGAAGCCUCUGUGUUUGUCAGUGAGACAAAAUACUUAGCUGGGGUGGUCAUGGAAGACUUUUUGUAUGGCUUUUUGGUGAAUGGCUUCUUCAACUUGUCUCCGCACCUUUACCGCGCUAACCUGAAAGAAGAAAUGGUCGGAAAGCAAUAUGGCAGAGGUUGCACCUGGUGCAGUGGUAAUUCCUAAAGCAUUCUAGUGGGCGUUGAUAUGUUUCCUUCAUAAAGGGGGGUUCCACUGAUUUGUCUGCGUAAUUCUGUCAUUUAGUUGUACACAAAGUCAUUCCGAGUGGUUUGAUAUGAAAUGGUACAUAGUAGAGAAACUUAGCAGCUCAGGUUUCUUUACAGUGGUGGUGAUGGGAACCAGAGCGUAGAGUCUAUUUUAGAGCCAUUUUAUUUACCAUCCAAAACAACCUAGCUUUCUGUAAUGUAGGCAUUCAGACGUCUGGUUCCUAUCAUGAAGGUUGUGAAAAAUCCUCUGUAAGGUUUUAGGAACAGUACGUUUCACAGCAAACCACACUGAAUGACUUUGUUUACAUGUUAAUAAUUGAAUUCUGGAGAUUUUCUUGGAAAAAAUGGUGGAAUUCCUCUUUAAAUUCUUCACAUCCAGCACUGAGCAAAGGCUGCCAAAUUAGCAAACAAAGAGCACAACUCUAUCACAAUAGACUUGGUUACCAAAGCAUGUUAUUAUUUGGAAACCUGGUGAUGAAUUUUUCAUACUCUUAACUGCUUUACCUGUUAAAUAAUAUCUAACCAGCUGUCCAGCUUGCUAAGCUACCUCAUUCAGUAGGCUAUUAGCCUUAUCGUUCAGCGGCUAAUGUAGACACAAUCAAUAUGCGGUACAGUUACCUUGUAUUAUUGUAUAGCUCAGUUGUCUCUGGCAGGAUGGUGUAUAAUUCCUAUUAAUCAAGUUACAGUCUGGAUGGACUAAUUAGAGCACUUUUUUCCAUUUCUAACAAAAAAUAGCAACUUAGCAUCCAGCGGUUAAGGAGACCAGUUCAGGAAGCCAUCAGACAUGGCCACUGACAGCCAUUUUUCUCUCUUUUUUUAUUGCUAUGGAGCAUACCAUUGGGUCAGAACCUCAGUUGGUGGAGUAUACACUAUAACGGGAUGGGGGGACAUCAUAGUAGACCAUAUAUAUUUUUUCAUAGUGUUUUUACAUGGUGAUUGGUUAAUCUUAGAGCACAUACAGUAUAUUUGCAUAUAUAUAUAUGUCUGAAUUCCCCACUCUUUUUCCAUGGUGCUUUUGUAGUGGGGUCAUUGUUUGCACUGCAUUCCAGUAUUCUGUCAUAGAUUACUCUUAUAAUCUACCUGUAAUCUCUCAUUUGCACACGUAGGCUAGAGUGUUUUGAAUAUUCCCAAAAUACAGAAUUAUUUUUCCUCAUAUUUCUGUAAGGAAUUGUGGACCAAAGGUUCAUCGUUAGAGUAUCAGUCUUUAUUUGGGUGAUAUUCACCUCAACAAACAAGGAAAUAUGCAGAUUUGUUUGUUUUUGUUGACUCUGGACUCAAUAAUGAUGAGAAUGGCGAAAAGGUCUCUUGAAGGGUAGAGGAUUGCAAAGGUCUUAAACCUUAUGAUCCAGCCUUAGGUACACAUACUGAUCUGAGAUCAGGCUGCUAUGCCAUCACGUUAGUACACACGAGAUCAUAAAGAACAAAGGCGAACUGAGAUUCAGUCAGUUGCUGGUUCCUGGGCUCAUGGCCCAGAGAACGGAAUGUUCAUAUUCACACAUAUAUAUAUAUAUAUGUGUAUAUAUAUAUAUAUAUAUAUAUAUAUAUAUAUAUAUAUAUAUAUAUAUAUAUAUAUAUCAUGAUAUGAAGUUUAUCAAUAUCUAAUAGAUUGGAGACUCUUCUGCACACGUUUUCACAAAGACACACCUGCUAUAUGUGCCAACACAGACAUCUACGUUGGUGGAAGCAUUUGUGACCAAUAAGAAAAUAAACAGAAAAUUGGAUACGAAAUGCUUCUGACAGACGUUGAAGGAAACGAUUAUGAUGAUGAUGAUGGUGGUGGUGAAGAUGAAGACAAUCCAUCUCAAAUGGUUCUCCAUCAAGGAGCAAUGAGGUACUGUCUACCGCUAGUUUUUCGUCUUUGUCUGAGUUUCAAUACCUUUGAAGUGAAGGAGUCUUGUAAAUACUUUCCCAUGUGUAACUCCUAUUUCAAGUAUUAUUUUACAUCAUCCAAUGUGAUGCACUCUUUAAAUGCAGUAUUGUUACAUUUCAAUGGCGCGAGGGAAAAAAUUGGCAGAAGGACUGUGUGUUGGCAACUGAAUUUUAUGACCCGAGGAUAAUGAACUGCGUUCAACUUGGCUGAAGUCCAGCCUGGUGCCAAAGAGCAUUGAGAAGAACAAGAUGCUCAUCAUUAUCAGAAAACACCUUUAUACCUGCCUGAGCUGCCAAUCAGUUGGUCUUAAUGGUACAUUCGGUUACUUUGAGUGAUUGACAGAAGGAGACACGUCCAGGAGACGUGACCUUACCUACUGGACGGGACAUGCACUUCCGCCCAACACCCUCCUUGAAGGACAGAAGCUCCAUCAAGAGGAAAAGAGGGAAAUAUGAAGGUGUAUGUUGGUUAAAAAACAGAGUGGCCUUAGGAAAAACAUGACUUUUAUAAUCCCUCACUUUAUAAGCCAGUUUGAGGCCAGAGGUGUACAAUGACAGUUUCAAUGAUGGUAUGAGAAGUGUGUAUGCGUGUGUGUGCGCGAGUGCGUGCGUGUCUCUCUUUGUGUAUGAAUAUCUUUAUGUAAUCAUUUACUUCCCUCAAGUUCCUGCUCCAAUACUUUUAUUCUCCUGGUAGGACUGUAUCCUGUAUAAUUGUGUCUUAGAAAACAAGCGUUGACCUUACUGUACUGUUCUUCGUAGCUGAAAACGUUCCACAGAUGUACAACAGAAGUUAUUGAAAAAUUUUCAUUUUUUUAUUUCAUUUUCAUUUUUUUCAAUAUUUUUAAAAAAAUGUUAUGUAAUUAUUUUUUCACAGUAUAUCAGAAAUAAAAGCACUGUUUUUAUAAGAA